AUGUCCUCAUCCCUCGAGCCUCCCAGACCCGAACCUAUAACCGUGUCUCCGAAUGACGAUCUGGAGGACCAGGAGAGCCUCAGGACCCUCUCGCGAUCGCCGCACCCAUACCUCCGCCACAAGUGGGAGCUUCUGGAGCCGUCCGACAGCUUCUUCCCCAGGGCCACUUCCAUCCCCACCCAUACCCCUGGGGAUGCGCGCGACCAGCUCAUACCCUCGCCCGCCUUCACCAAAGACUCCACACCCAACACCGACAGCGGCACCGAGGCCGACGAUGAGAUAUUCGUGAAAAGACUGCCUGCGCCGCGGGCGCGGCUGCACAAGGGACUCCGGGGGAGACCUGAACCGCCGUCGGGGGUCGCCACGCCACUCCUGACCCCUUCGUUCCCAGAAGGAGACCUCGAUACAACCAGAGGCAAGGAGCGAAGAGCAGAAGACGAGAAAAGGCAUCGCGCAGAAAAUGCAAAGCGGCGGAAGGAACUCACCAGGCGAGCGACCGAGGUCCUGAUCCUGUCCGGCCUGGGUAGGCUCGUCGUCAUCAACCCGGACGUGAGCCUGGUCGUCGCAUCGCAUCGGGAGGAACUCGUGCUUCAAGGUGCACUGUACGCAGCGCUGCUGGCGCUGUAUCCCCUGCGCGCGGCGCUGUGGGCCUACACACGAGGAGAGCCAUUGCGAAAGAGACUACCUCUGAAUGUACCCUCAUCUUUCGAUCCCGCCAUACUCCUGUAUCCACCGGUUCUGCCCGUUCUCGUCUCCCUCCUCACGGCUGCAAAUGUGAGGGAUGCGCUCCUCCCGAACCUCGUGCUCGGCAUCGCCUCCUUACCGAGGGCACUAAUCCCAACCACCACCGCUGCCGAGACCUUCAGCCCGCUGCAUUGGCUCCUUGCAAGCCUUCCUCUCCUGGCGUCCGAAAAGAACUCAGAAUGGUCAUCAAGAAAUGACAUCCGACUGUCACUAUACCCUCGAGAAGCUUUAAUACUGCUCUACCCGUUACACCAGACCUUGUGCCUCAUCCUUCACCACUUGACAACUACCAGUCUUCUGCCCGCGGAACUUCAACUCCUCUCUAUAUCUCUCGCCGACAUUCUGAUCCUCUCUAUCUCACCACAAGCUGUAAUACUACAGGCUAUCCUUUGGAUGGGGGGAAUUGGGGUCAUCAUUCUGUGUGGUCCAGUCAUCCGAUGGGGCAUAGCACUCGCUAGAGUACCGAAAUGGCGGUUCCGACGAGUGGCACCUCAUAGCAAAGGACCUUCAAUUUUCACUUUGAUUUCGAGCGCAUUCUCUCUGAAGAGGCUCAGACUGGAAUCAGGCUCAGACAACGAAGACUCAGAUGGCGUGUCCGGUUGUACGACUGACGAAGAUGACAUCAAAAAAGCCUCAGUGACCCGCCGCGCAUCAAUUUUACAGCAAGAAAGUGGCUUGAACGAAUUCCCGGGGUUGAAGAAGGCAGAUACAAUUUUAGUGUCGCCUGGGAAAGAGGCGCGGGCCGACUUGUCCACUGAUGCCGAUGGAACCGCCUUUCAGUCACCCUCCCGGCGGCACACACUGCCUUUUGUGGAUAAGAUCCUGAGCCGGUCUAAGACUCACACCCCUUCAGGUCGGCGGAAGAGAUCUUCUUCCACGACAGUGCGUGCCUUCUUCUCUCUGACCCAGUCACAAGCCAUGACGAGAAAGUGGUUGUACGCGGGGUGGCUCUAUGUGGGCAUCGUCGUUGUCGUUCUAGGAGGCGUUCGGGCCUGUGUCCAGUAUCAAGCGCUGGACGGCAAUGAGCCUAUUGGCUGGGCACUAGGCUACGUCUUCGGUGACCUGCCAUGGUUCAGAUUUCAGGUCGUCCAGGCGAAUCUCGAAAGGUGGAUAUGUCUCCCCUAUCGCGCUGAUGAAGACAACAAGUCAUGCUCUCUGGGCUGGGUCCAGCACCUACGAGAUGCCUCGAUCGGCGAGGCAAACACAAGACUAGUGCUAGCCGCUUAUUGGGUCACUGUCAUCGCCAUCGGAUUACUGGUUGUCUUCCGACUGUCCCCGUUCUACGAGGUGGACACUCGCCGCAAGGUCUUUCAUUUCAUGAUGGUAGCAAUGUUCCUGCCAGCAAUUUACGUCGACCCGGGCUGGUGUGCGCUGGCACUUGCCAUCGUCCUCGCCAUUUUCCUAUUACUUGAUCUGUUGCGCGCAAGCCAGCUCCCCCCUCUAUCCAAACCGAUCACCAACUUUCUCCAUCCCUACACAGAUGGUAGGGACCACUGUGGACCGGUGGUCAUAUCCCACAUCUUCCUCCUUAUUGGCUGCGCCAUGCCUCUGUGGCUCAGCCUUGCGUCCCUGCCACGAACAGGGACCGGCUACCGAAGAGGCUGGGAGGUACCGACUCGCGACCUGAGCAUGGUCGCGGGGGUCGUCUGCGUGGGGCUCGGCGACGCGGCGGCCUCGCUCAUCGGGCGGCGUUGGGGCCACCACAAGUGGCUCUGGAAGGGGGGUAAGAGCAUCGAAGGGAGCGUGGCGUUUGCAGUGGCUGUGUCCAUUGGCCUCUUGGCCGCUAAUAUCUGGUUGAAAAUCGGCGGGUGGCCCAUCACGUCCCAGCCCGAGGCUCAGGGAGCCCCGCACGGUCUGGACGCGGUAUGGGCUGGGCUUAUUGAGUGGGACUGGCUGAGAGUGAUUGGUGAAACAGGCUUGUGUGCCACGACGGCCAGCUUGACGGAGGCGGUCCUCACGGGCGGGAACGACAAUGUCGUCGUCCCCGUGGUUCUCUGGACCUGCGUCAAGAGCACAGGACUGUGA